UUAUUAUCAUAAUUGAAUAUAUAUCAUAUACAAUUUUCACAAUGGAAGUAACAUUUUUCUUAACUUUUUGCUUACUUUUCAAUAUUUUACAUUUCUCUUCACCAGUCAUAUCCAGAAGAUUACAAAAAUCUUAUACUAGUUUCAACCUAAUUCAUUCCCAUUCAAUCGAUACCUCUAUACAAACUAAAGUUUAUCCAGGCGAUCGCGAUAUCCUAACUGACCUUUUCCCGAGUGAUGAAUACUUAGUUUUCAUCAACCUUACUAUUGGCAUACCACCUGUUCCACAACUAGUAAUUUUUGAUACUGGAAGUAAAUUGAUAUGGAUUUCUUGCGCUCCAUGCAAUAAUUGUCCUACACCGCAGUUAUUCGACCAAAAUCUUUCAGCCAGUUAUAAAAGAGUUUUGUGUGGUGAUUAUUUGUGCCCUUUUUCUUGUGAAGAUCCAGAUGACCCAUAUCCAUGUGGUUUUCGCACAAAUUAUGGAAGUGGACUCAAUGCAAGUGGAAUAUAUGGUACGGAGUCUUUCACUUUGCCAACAAGUGAUGGUGGAGUGGAGAUAGUAACUGAAAAACUAUUCGGUUGUGCACAUAAAGUAGAAUAUUUUGGCACUAGUAAAUUUAAUGGUAUGUUUGGUUUUAGAUAUGAAAGAAAUUCUUUCCUAUAUAACUUAGGAUCAUCAUUUUCUUAUUGUAUAGGAGACUUGACAAAUACACAAAAUAGUUUUAGCCAAUUACGCAUUGGCAAUGGUGACCAUGGUUAUGGUAUAGAAAUGUUAGGAAAGUGGACACCUCUUAAGAUUAAUGAAGGUGGUAAUUAUAGAGUACAUGUAGACCAUAUAGUUUUUGCACACUAUAUUUUUGUAAAUAAAGGUGGUGAUACAGGAUUUGAUGCAAUCAUUGAUACAGCAUCAUCAACCACUACAUUACCUGAGAACUUUGUGAUUAGUCUGAAAAGAUAUGUGAAAGAACAGUUGAAUAAAUUAGGCGUAAAAGAACAUGAAGGUGCUACCGGAAAAUUAUUAUGCUUCAGAGGUGAUUUGAUGGACCUUAAAGACUUCCCUAAAGUGAUGAUUCAAUGUGAAGGGGAGGCAACUAUGGAAUUGGAUCAUCGUAUUUUGUUCAAACAACAUACAAAGAGAGCAUUUUGCUUUGCAAUACAGGUUACACAAGUUGAUUCAGGAAAGAUAAUGGUAAUUGGAGCGGUGACUCAACAAAAUUACCACAUGGCUUAUGAUCUUGACUACAAGAGAUUGUAUAUGGAAAAAGUUGAUUGUCAAAAAUAUAAAGAUUAUUAGUGCUUUUCAUUUAAAUUUAUAAUGUGUCCCCUAUCAUGACUUCUUAUUAUUAUUAAGUAUUUUUAAAUUUUUACAUUUCUCUUAUAAUAUCUUUAUAUAUUAAAAAUAUUUGUAUAACAAAAAUUCUUAGUGUAAUGAUUUUUUAAAACGGUUUCCCUUUUAUGUAUAAGAGUAAUAAAAGGAAGGUUAACAUUAAA